UUAUUUAAAUAAGAUAAACAAUAUAUAUAAUUUAUAUGUAUUUUAAUCUAUAAACUUUUAUAAAGUUGAAGAAGAAUCUUUUACGUAGUUUAGCUACGACGUAAAUUAUUUUCAUUCCCGCCGAAUUGACUUAAAACAUAACCUGUGAAACAUUGUCUAAAGAAUGUCCAAAAGAAAAGGUCUGACUCUUGAUGAAAAACGAGCUAGAAUGCUUCAAAUAUUUUAUGAGAGAAGGGAAUUUUUCACGUUAAAAGAAUUAGAAAAGAUUGCACCUAAGGAGAAGGGUAUAGUUGCUCAAACUGUAAAAGAUGUUCUUCAAACUUUAGUAGAUGAUGGUCUAGUUAGAUCUGAUAAAAUUGGCACUUCUAUAUAUUUUUGGACAUUUCCUGGAGAGAAUAUAACUGCUGUAGAAAAUAGGAUAGCACAUGCGAGUAAGAGAAUAGUUGAAGCUGAAUUUAAGCUACAAAAAUUAAAGGAAGAAUGUAUUAAAGAGCAGACUGGUAGAGAAGAUACAGAAGAAAGGCGAAAUUUGUUACAAGAAAUACAGCAAUUAAGAGAGAAGGAAAAUGAAUUGAAAAAUCACAUUGCUAAACUUAGCGACGUAGAUCCAGAAGUAAUUGGAAAAAUGGCAGAGAGAGCACAGAUGUUCAAAGAAGUAACUAAUAUAUGGACAGACAAUAUCUUUGCCAUUCAAAGUUGGUGCAAGAGAAAAUUUGAUAUAUCAGAGCAAGAUCUCAAUAAACAAUUUAGUAUCUCUGAUGAUUUGGACUAUAAGGAAUAAAAUAUAUUAAAAAACAAAGAUAUUUAUAUUUUUAUAUUUUUGUAAUUAAAAUAAAUGUUUUUUUCUUUAUAUAUA